UCAAAUUACGCAGCGAAACCGUGUGCUGUUUGUAAUUGUAAACAUAAACAAUGGACGCAAAACAGCUGUCCAGGACAAAGGUUUCCCGCGUUUAAAUGGAAAGGAUUAAAGAGCCAAAGGUGCAUUAAAUGACUCCCAGGCGAACACUUCACCAUGCAGUGAAUUCUCGUUCUACCAACGGAUCGGUGGCUCUGGUGGAGCUAAUAAAGCAACCGUUCAAUGGUUCUACGUUCCCUGCCGACCGGACAUCUGUAUCUGGACGGUUCGCGUAAGUAUCGUGUACACCAGGAGCUAGUGUCCAAACUUGCCAUCCAUCAACUCGAAGCGGUUCGAUUUCUGUACACUCAACUGCGUGAGUAUACCGGAAUUUUCUUGAACGAUGAAUCAGGCCUGGGUAAGUGUUAUCAGAUGGUGGCAUUCCUAUCGUCUCUGGUUGUAGGCGACGAUCGUUCGCUAAUCUUGUGCCCAAACCGUGAACGACUGCACCACUGGACGUACCAUCUGGAUGCGUUGGCACCAUCCUUACGCACCAAAGUGUACCUGAAAUCGUACGUAGAUGUAAGCGAAGAACAAUCGACACUACGGGGUACCGAUUGGCAGUACGUGGUGGUAGACGAAACCCGGGAAUUUAUGAACGAAAAGCAGCUGGAAACGCUUCGUUCACUUGCGGUGAAACGGUACCUCUUUGUGAGCUCCGUUGAUUUGCUCGAUCGGUUGGAUGUGUUGAUAAAGCGGUUAGAUUUUUGUUAUCCUCGUGAUCCAACUCAUCUUCGCACGGUGAUCGAGCAGCAACAUAAGCGACGGUCAAAAAAAGGUAGCUUAAAGCUGUAUCUACUGACGAGACGAUUUAUCCUACGACGGUACGUUAAAAGUUAUCGUCAAACGCUUCCUCUCAUCGAAAGGAAACUGUUUUUGGAAAGUUUUCACGCAUGGUGUACAGCGAAUGGUAUUGAAACUUCAGUUAAUGUAACACUCCAGCCGGAAGCUUCGGAAGACUGCAGCAAUACCACGCAAUCGAACGGUGAGGAAACAUCGAGCGAAACAAUGACACCGGAAGCAAUGGAGCGGAAUCAAGCUAGAGAGAACGGUGAUGCAACACAUUCGCCAGUUCGUUGCGGACUGGUGCAACAAACGAAGCAAAACUCUCCGGAUCAUCCCAUUCAAGCGGUUCCACUGCACUGCAUCGAUAGCGAACCAUUGUUUGAACCGAACGAAACGAACACGGAACUUAUGCCGGUGUUACGUGUCGAAUCGGACACACAGUCGGAUAACAAUUCUAUUCCCGAAACCGGUACAACUAUUCCCGAAACAGCUCCCGACUCCGAGGGUUACAUGCAGUUCGGUCAGGAAAUAUUCAGCAACGGGUACUCCUCGUCCCAACCGUCUCAGCUAACACUCGCCACCGAGCGCUAUCGAUUUCCGAUCGAAAAGUUUCUUCGAAGCCAGGGUCAGCUAAAAUCGUCCAGCUCGUCACUAAGCGUGGAAAGCAUACCGAACGGACAGCCACCUGCAACGGGGACAGAAAUUGUGAUCAGCUCUUCGGAUUCACCGCUGCGUACAAAGUCACCUCCACUGUUUGACGAUUCGGAUCACGAUACCAAAUCAUUAAAUUCCUGCCCCUCCGAUACGGAGGAUGACAUUUCGCUGAUGGAACUGUUGGAGUCCUCUCGUACAGUUGGACCGAUCGAUACGAUCGAGGAGAGAAUGUCAUCGCCCAGCAUAGCACCCCACAGACAACCAUCCUUCAGCACACCGAUAACGAAGCUAAUGUUUGGUGCGCUGACAAAUUCCACCACAUCGCAACCGGAAGCGGGUAACGUUUCAUCGGUGGAUAUGUUUGCCGAAUCGUUGGUCACCGCCGAGAACGUGGAUAAUGUGUUUGAAAUUACGAAAAAUAAUGCCUUUCCCAGCCGUAUCGCAGUGCAGGGGGAAGCGAAUGGUAAUGCUUCCCUAAAGCUGGUUACACUAGACGAUUCAACCGACGAGGAUGUUCAGUUUGUGAACGAAACGGUCGAGCGUAUUAUAGAUCUUGCGGAGGAAUAUCCUAGUACACCGAAAUCGGACGUCCAGAAUCAGGCCGUUAUGGGUCAAACGACACCACCGAGCGGUCCCUUACAUCAGGGUCUUUCUCCCGGUCGUGGAUGGUUGGGCAAAAGCCUUCGUACUGCAUCUGUUUCACCUGCCAGUGGAAAGAACACACCCAGCACCAGUAGACAUUCGCCGAAUAGGCGGGAAGGUAGUAGUGGAGGCAGUAGUAGACACACCGUACCCAAAGGAAUGACUCCCAUUGUGCGGGACGCUAAAAGACGACGCAAGCUGGAUGAGCUGUUUCAAAUUGUUGAUGAUACGAAACGGGGCCGUCCCAGUCAGCGAAGAGGAUCGAGAAGAUGAUCGCUAAAGGCAGACCAAUUACUCUAUGCAAUUAAUUUCCGACACAUGAACAAUUUUAAAAUACGUUUUGCUAGCUGUUUCAGUUCAUUUACUUUAAUGUUUGAAAAUAAUAUUAGAAUCAUACUUAUGGGAUUUUAGGUAUUUUUUGAAUGUGUGUAUAGAACUUCUCUGCUCUGUUCAACUGCUCUGGUAUAGAUUUUAAAUAGUUUUUUUUAAAUUACACCCUAUUUGUUUUGUAAGAUUUAGAAUUGAGACACAUAAUGAAGGAAGUUUGUAGACAAACAAAUGAAAUUCAAAAAGAGUAAGUGUAUAGAUAUAUUUUUACAUAUGUUCCAUGUUUAUUAAAUAAGCAACAAAAUAGGUUUUAUUUGGCUUCGUUGGAGUACCACUAUAAAUUUCCCCCAAAACAAUGUAUUCGUAUACGUUAUAGUUUAGUUUUAGUAAAGUAAUCUUCCUUCGUAUCGAAAGGUUCAAUAAUAAUACAAUGAAUUUACGCUACAAAUAGUACUACUUCUCA